CCGAGCGGUGACUAACCUCCUGUAGGACUGAGAUGUAAUCACAAUUGAUUGAUCACUGGGUGGUGAUCAAUGUCAUGCUUGUCUAGUCAAUUGUGAUUACAGUUUGGGAUGUAUUCGCGUCUGAAUAUAUGCAGCGCGUAUCAUGAAAUUUUGAAAAUUUCGAUUGCUUUACACGAAAAUCACAGUUUGUAGUUCAGUUUUCACCAAACAACCUAAGUUACCUGCUUUCAACUAAUAAGAAAAUGAGCCGAACACACAAACAGUCUGUUGACUGUGCUUUUGAUGUCCUUGUCAAGUAACCAUGAUUGUGAUCAAGUACGACGUCACUAAUGGUCAGUUGUGACUUGUAGUGAAUAGCAUUAGUAUGGAAGCACCGGGAUUUCACUAGAAUUCGGUAGUGUUUUCUAGAGAGUUCUGGUGAAUAGGGCGUAAUGUGUGUUGACACAGAGCGAACAUAUGUGAACGUAGACUAGACAGGGCGAGAGAAAUCUAGAACUUUCGAGAAAAUGUCCUUCAAUGACCAAUCAGAUUUGGACUUAAUUACAUUGUAGAAAUAUUAGCGUUCUGAUUGGUUGUUACCCGUUUAGAGGUUAUUGAAUAAUUUCUCUCACCCACCACUAUAUAAGCAAGUUAAACAGUCGAGCAUUCAACGCAUAUUGUUGUUCUAUUUCUGUUAUCGUGUUGAAUAUGUCUGGUGGGCAACAUCAUCAAGCAGUUAGUAUUCCUGUGAAUCGUGAGCAACGGUCAUUUGAGAGGCAGAGACGUGACCUGUUAACUGGCCUGGAACACGGAGGUGGUACUCAUCGUGGCAACCUAAUCGCACCGUACACGGAAGACUGGCCGAGUACUGUGGACAGCUGGAUCAACUCCUCGUGGAGGAGAUGGGAUGAAGACAUGCGACGUUUGAGACGUGGAAUGUUCGCACUAUUACCGUUGGACAACUUCACCCACGGGGUUUGGGAGAAUCCAUUCGCUUUAAUGCACCAAAUGGAUCGUCAUAUCCAGGAUAUCCGAGAGAGAAUGGGCUCAAUGGAUGUUCCGUCGACCGGUUCAGUGAGUGACUUUUUGAAGGACGCCUACGAAAUAGGUGAGGAUGGCAAGGUACAUUUCAAGGUACGAUUCGACGCACAAGGUUUCGCUCCUCAGGACAUCAAUGUGACGUCGAGUGAGAACCGUGUGACGGUACACGCGAAGAAGGAGACAACGACCGAUGGUGGGAAGUGUAGUCGGGAGUUCUGUCGUAUGGUGCAGCUGCCGAAGAGUAUUGAUGAUAGUCAACUGAAAUGUCGCAUGACAGAUGAUGGUGUUUUGAUGUUGGAGGCUCCAGUGAAGGUUGAUCAGAACCAGUCGUUGACGCUGAACGAGUCUGGUCAGGUGGGUGUUCGACCGAAAUCGGACAAUCAGAUUAAGGCAGUUCCUGCGUCUCAAGCACUUGUUGCAAAAGGUGUUCAUGGUCUAUCGUAUGUGGAUGAUGGUUCAGGUGGCAAGCGAUUGCAUGUUGAGGUUCCAGUGGACCCAGUGUACAAGCCUGAAGACUUGUGUGUGAAUGUUGAUUCGAAUCGUGUUGUGGUUAGUGGACGUCAUCAUAAGCAGAAGAGUGGUCAAUAUGGAAAGUCAAGUUCAUUUGCAGAGUUCAGUCAGUCGUAUGCGAUUCCCGAGACAGUUGAUCCGUUAUCUGUUUCUGCUCAGGUAGUUGGCAAUACAUUGGUAUUGGAGGCGCCAUUGGAGAAGCAACAUGCAAUUACUCACUAGAAGAGAAUAUGUUUUACUAAACUAAUCGUUGCUUAAUGUUAAAAUAUUGAUGUGAUUUUUCUGAAUAAAUAUUUUUGAAUUGCAUUCGAUCCCAUGUUAUUUAUUUCGUGAUCAGCGUAUUCAGUUGACUUGUUGAACGUUUACUUUCUGGUGUGCGGUUGGUAAGACGAUAGUUUGGUUUUGAUUUACAUGUUGUUCCUGCGUUCAGAUUCUGUGAAAUUGAUUUUUCAUUGGGAUUUUCGUGACUGCAUGCUUGUUAAUGUUGUGAAUGGAGCGUGGACGUGGAGUAAUAGAUAGACGGUUGAUGAGUGUGUAGGGUAUCACUUCACGACUAAAUAUUAUCAUUGCUCUUUGAGUAGACUUCUCACUAGGACUAUUCGUAAGUACCACUUCUUCCCAUUUGUAAUGAAUCAAUAAUUACUGAAGCGUAAUACGGAUUUAAAAAUGGACCUCAUUAAUAAACGCGAAUACGUUGUCACGAUCUAUAAAAUCCAGGCCAAAGAUCCCAAAUGGGUUUAUUGUAUAAUAGCUUAUGUAAUCAAGCAGGAUUGUUUUUCGAUUUUCAACCUAUAUCAACAUCAAUCUGAUUAACUUUCGAGACAACUCACAUCUUGCUUCUGGUUGUGACUCGUACUAACGGCCUAUUAAUUUUUGUCAGUUUGAAAUUUGUAUGGAAUGUAUGGAUAUUUAUCCCUUUUUAUUUAUAUGGGAAGUUGUGUCACUUGGAUUUUCCUAAUAACAACCUAUCUACGGUUAAUUUAGCCUUAUAUAACCAGUGAUCUAUUCACUUGGAUUCACUAUUAGUUGAAUUCAUGUGUCUUGAGAAUGGUCAAAUCAAAUUCAAUGUUUUUAAUUUUUUUAAUGUGUAUUCUAAUUAGGUUUGUUGUUUUGGUUAUCUUUAUUUAACUCUAUGGUACUUUUUAGUGUUAAAACCUCAAUCUACUUCAACUCACCUUGUAGAAUAAUGUGGUAUGUCAACUGAAGAUAUAAUGUGCAUUUAAUCAUCUGGAUUUUAAAAGGUUAUAGUGCAGAAUGCUUUUCGCUCAUUGGGGUUCCCAACUUUUAUUCGCUUACCAUACUAGUCAUACAGAUCGUGGGUUUCUAUGAGUUUUAAAUUUCUAUUUACAAUAAAUAGCCUGCAAGUCAAUCUUUCUCAUAUUCUGUCGAGUCAUCUAAGGUAGACUUUACUAAACUAUGUAAUACUAUCAGUUUAAACAACUUUCUUCAAGUCUACCAUAUUAAAUUGCAUUCAUUGCGAUUUACAGAAAUUCAUUUGGAUCUUCAGGGAAUCUGUACAAUUUCAUGUUUACCUGGAUUAAAGUGUCUAGUCAUCAAGUUAUUUUUGAUAUAUGAUCAAUAGGUGAUUACUUUGUCUAGACUUAUCCAAUCUUAAACUCGAAACGCGUGUUCAUGUCUUGUGCUCACACAGAAAUAUACUUCUUUCUGUUAUUGACCGUCUUUUUCUAUAUCGAGAAUGUUAGAUUCUCGUAGGCCUUUCAUUUCAAGAUAUUCAAGCUUGAAUAAUCAUCGUUUACAUCCAAAUAAAAUCAUGAUGGUGUAAUGAACUGCAAUCACGUUAUAUUUAAAGCGCAAUAAUCCAACAUGAUUUAGAUAUGUUAGAAUUUGUGUCCGUGAGUAUAAAGGCAAAUAAACGAAUUUUAUGUUAAUAUGAUUGACAGUUUGUUUGGUACAUAACAAUAUACACAAAAGAUUGUUUUAAGUUGAACUCUGUUGAUUGGAUUUGAAAGGAAUUGAACAACCUCAUUCGUUCGCUUUUGUUUGCGCAUAAAUCCCAGUAAAUUGUAACUGGAUAUUGUUAUAUUGUACCCAAUCUCAAAACUACGUUAGUUCACUCUACGCACAUUGGUUACCUCCAUCUGUAAACGAUUUAAGAAAAUGAUAAAUAUACAAAUUAUUUUUAUGUGAUCUUCGCG